UGAUCUGUUUAAGUAAGAUAUCCCAAGUAUUAUCGUUUGAAAGGGUUCUUAUUUUAUAAGCGCACCUGUCGAAUUUGCAAGAAGAAAAAGAAGAUAAAUUGCAAAAGAUAUUGACAAAAAUUUCUUUUAUCAUUACUGUUGGCGUGUCACUCAAAUUAAUCGAAAUCUAACUGAAACCAGGGAUGCUAGUCAUUUUAGUUGCAGCCCUAUUGGUGGCGAAUCCAUCCUUCGCUAUCGAACCAGAGCUCGAUGGCGAUUCCAACAUCUACGAUUCUGUAGUAAAAUCUCUUCAAGAACUGAAGGUUGAACAAUUGGCUGAGAAAGUCGGCGUUCACCUCACACCACAUGUAAUUCAGAAGGCUGACAGUGUUUGCUACGAUGAAUUGGGUUGUUUCGACAAGGAGGGAACCUUCAAACACUUGAAGCAGCUUCCAGAGCCUCCAGAGUCGGUGAACACACAGUUUUUGCUGUACACCAGGAAGAACCCACAUACUCCACAGUUCAUCGAUUACAAGAAACCUGAAACAAUUGUCAACAGCAACAUCAACCCGAAGUUGCCUCUCAAAGUUCUUACUCAUGGUUUUGGUGGAAAGAACAAUUUGACCUGGUUAUGGGAAAUGAAAAACGCAUUCAUUGAAAUGGAAGACGUUAACGUUAUAAUCAUCGACUGGAGUUUAGGAGCUCGUGUGCCAUAUUAUGUGGCUGCAGCUGUGAACUCAGAGUUAGUAGGAGCCCAAGGAGCCGUCCUCUAUUAUACCAUCAAAGACAAACUCGGCAUUAUGGAGAAGGAUCUGCACGUCGUCGGUUUCAGUUUAGGAGCGCACGUGGCUGGAUUUUUCGGUAAAAGAAUGAAAGAACUGAGAGGAACUAGACCCGGCAGAAUUACAGGUUUGGAUCCUGCCAGCCCUCUAUUUGAAGAUUAUGGCGGUGAAGUACAUUUAUAUAAGGAUGAUGGCGAUUUCGUCGAUGUUAUACACACCAAUGCAGAUCUCCUAAUCUAUGGUGGCGUAGGCAUCGAAGUCCCUAUUGGACACGUGGAUUUCUUCCCUAAUGGCGGAAAGAGACAACCCGGAUGCGGAAGUACCUUGAAAGGAGCUCUCUUGGAUAUUUUCAAGGGUGAAAGAGAAAGAGCUUGUAACCAUGAGCGAGCUGUUCAUCUCUUCACGGAUUCCAUCUUAAACCCCAAUUCCUGCCAGUACGUUGGUUACCCAUGCAGCAAUUAUACUGAUUUCCAGCUGGGAAAAUGUCUGAGCUGUGAUGCCAGUACCUGUGGUCAGAUGGGAUAUCGACCCAAAGGCUCAGGAGUUUAUUACAUGAUGACGAAGCCAAAGAAACCCUUCUGUGCUGAAGUUGGCAAGCUAACAAUUCGAUAUCCGUCAACCAUCAAGAAAUCGUUUGGCUCCAUGAUUUUGACAUUAGUCGGUGGAAAUGGAGAUAAGGAAAACAUCACUCUUAGCCAGAAAGACGAAAAACUGUCUCCUGGUGGCGAAAAAGUGUUAGCAUUGCCCAUUAACGAUGUUAUGAAAACACUGAGUAAAGUGACGGCCUUAUAUUUGAGAUAUAACGGAUGGUUCACUAAGGGAGCUGAGACAUUUGGACUUGCCUCGGUCACUAUCACAAACAGCAACGGAGAUUACAUCUUCAAAAGUUGUGAUCAAAACAUCAUUUUAAAAGACAAUGAAUAUCAAGAACUGAAACAAACGGCAGCGACCUGUUAACUAAUGCCUGUGUACGAGAAAGUUAGAGAUUGGAAAAUAUUGUAUGCAGUCUAAUUUUCUGCGUGUCGUGAAAUGUACAUAUAUUUCAGAAAGAAAAAAAAAAAUGUUUUGUUGCACAUGAAGAUUGAAUGUAAAAUUUCAUAAAAUACAAAACAUAAAAAUACAUUAUUUUAUUACUA